UGUUUGUCAGCAGGAUUCGAGUGGAGUAAGUGUCGGUCUGCGUCCGGUGAACGUAGGAAGUGCGCGAAAUUAUGAAGUAUCACAUUGUGUCAAUAUUAAUAAUUGCCCUUUCGGACGUAUUUGGAUACCCCCAAAGCGAUGCACACGACUCUUCUUCCUCUCCUGUUGUCCACCAAGCCGACGACGACAGCGACAUGUACCUAGAACAAGAAUCCCGUGUGGAAGAAACAGAUGAUCGUCAACCCAGCCAACAAACAUUCUACCCAUCAUUCUCACCUUUCCACAAUCCACCGCUAGGCCACUCUCGACCCUUCUUGUUCCAACAAGAAGGCGCAUACAGCCAGCGACCUCACGGAGGCUACCAGCACCAACAACUCUCCUACGAUGCACCCAGAUUCAGUGGGUACAAGGAAACAGGAUAUCGAGCGGCAGCUAACGCGGAAUCUCGUGGUCUUCUCGGUUCAGGGAAUUUUGGGGUGAUUCGAGGUGGUACCUUCUACGACAAAGACGCCCAGCCUUCAAACUACGAACAGGAUUACAGUCCUUUCUUCAGGAAUGGUCACGGCAGGCCGUCUUAUUUAGGAGGAGUGCCAAACCCGAGGCCUUAUCAGCACGAACAGUUUGAGAAUUUUAGAGAUUUCGCCGACAUUAACACACCUUCCAAUCCAGCAUAUUCCCAGUAUGUUGUGGUUUAUGUUAACAAGAAUGGCACCAAGCAGCGCGAGAGUGAAGCGGUGUUGAAGAAGAGGCCGAAGAAUAUUAUAGAGAGUCUGGCGCUUCUGGAUGUGGAGAGUACGACCGAAGUACCGCAGAAGAAGUUGUCGAAGUCAAAGGCAAAGCUCGCGAAGAUGUUGCCUGAAAAAAAGUAUAUGUAUAAGAAGAGUCGGAAGGAUUCGAAGGUUUCGAGGGAAUUGCGUGAACCGCUGCUAGCGCUGAGUUAAGGGGUGAUAAAGAGAAAAGAUUUAUUUUGUGAGUCCUGUGUUAUUUAAGUGGUUUGAAUGCAGGGGAUUAGUACCUGACAAGAGUGCUGUCUGUAUUGACUAGAGUUGAGUACGUGUCAAGCAAAUUUUAAUUUUAAACUCAACAGUAUUAUUAAUACGUCUCGUCGUUUACUGCUAAUUUAAUUUUAAUCAGUUGUAUCUAAUGGUGGGUUUACGCAAGCAAAGUAAACUUAAUUUAGUGCUAUUUUAAUGAAGAUUCAUCUCCUAUUUUUAGUUGUACUACAAGGAAUUGACCGUGGACGGUGUUAAUAUAAAUACUAGCAAUAAAUUUGUUGAUGAAGUGUAAUUGACGUAAAAGUGUUGUAAGUUAUAUUAAAUAUUAUUUCGUUGCUGCAUAAACUCACCUUGAUGUAAGCCUAUAGAAUAGCUAGGUUACCUUAAAUACGUAAAUGACUGAUGUUACGUUAUGCUUUAUGUCAUAUUGAUAGUAAGCCAGAAGUUUUAGUUACCGUUUGGACAGUGAAAUAGAAUUAUAUUAUUCAGUAAGUUUAUUCUGACUAUUUUGUAUUUAAAUAAUAUGAAAAUGUGAAUAAAUAUUAUUUUUUGUAAAUAA